AUAUACAGUAAAACCCCGAUUAUCCGAAAUGGAAGGGGGGAAGCCUCUUUCGGAUAAGCCGAUUUUUCGGAUAAUCCGGAUUUAUGGCCGCCAUUUUGAUCGCCGCCGACUGACGAUGUAAACAAUGAAACCAAACAAACACACGCUACGCUAAACAAAGUAGUACGCUUAAAACAUGUGAUGUAAAUGUUUUAUUGUAUGUUUGUCUGUGUGUCUCCUUGUCUGGACCAGUGUAUGUUGAUACUUGUGAGCGUUGCAGAUCUGAAUUGUGAAUGUUGCAGAGUGCGAUUGUGAAUGGUUGUGCAAGCUUGCAAGUGUGACCUUGAUGCAUCGUGCAGGUGGAGACACAGUAUGAUGACUCAUAUUAUCGCGCAACUCGUAUGUUGGAAGGGGAAUGUGGCAUGGAGUGGAGAGGGGAGUCGUGUUUGUGUCGUUGUCUUGAGAGUACGGUGUGAGAGUAGUCGUGCAGUAGUUUGUUCGUUCGCCGCACCUACGUCCUUGCUGGGGCGAAGGUGAGCCAGUCGGGCGGAGCCGAGCAGUUCAGUGGACGCGAGCCAUCACCAGGGAAGCCUCCAGCAGCACGCCACCAGGAACAGAACAGUGCUUAGGGAGACGUGGUGUUACUCACUUAAGGAUCUCUAUCAAUUCGUAUCGUGUUCCGAGUGACUUGAGGAAACAUGGGUGCACCAGAUGUCAAAGUGGAGAACGUGGGUCCCGAAACUCAGGAGGACCCAAUGUAUGACCCGGCGUUACUCGCAGCGCUAGACUGGAGCGGCGUGACCCACAUGAAGGGGGGCGUUACCUGUCAAGCGCCCGGGCCUGGCCUAAGGGUGAGGCCCCUCUGUAAGGCGGACUACGACAGAGGAUUUCUUCAACUUCUCGCUCAGCUGACCAAAGUUGGGGACAUCUCUAGGGAAAAAUUUGAAGAGCGGUUCGAGGCGAUGCGUGCGUGCCGCGGCCACUACUACGUCACCGUGAUCGAGGACGUGGACCAGGGCAGGGUGGUGGGGGCCGCGACACUCGCCUGUGAGAUGAAGUUUAUCCGAGGGUGCGCAAAGAGAGGACGCCUGGAGGACGUGGUGGUCAGUGACCAGUACCGGGGGAAGCAGCUCGGCAAACUGAUUGUGACCACCAUCAACCUUCUGGCGUGUCAUGUUGGCUGCUACAAGCUUGGCCUGGACUGUAAGGACUCCAUGAAGCCGUUCUACUCCUCCUUGGGCUACACGAGCGAGGACGGCAACGAUAACACUAUGAUCAUACGCUUCCCUCCUCCGGCUACCCCCUCCUCAUCAAACGGCUCCCCUCCUUCUCCUCCUAGUGCAAUUCCUUCCCACCUCUGAGAAGGCGAGUGAAUAGUCCCAAUAGUUUAUAGUUACUUUAAAGGUUGUGUUACUUCCUGUUCCUGUUACUUAACCUUGAUGGUCAUUCUUCUUUCCUUUUUUUAAAAUGUUGUGAUAGCACUUACUGUACGCUUCAUGCUCGUGUAAAGUCAAUCCCUUGUAAUAGUCCCAUGCAAAAAUCCCUUGUAACUCCGAAGGCCAUGACAGGUUCCACUGAGGAGUACUCUUCACCCCCAUAACAAGUGAUAUCCAUGCAAUAGUCAAGCUCCUAAACUUGACCUUAGAAGAAUAGUUCUUAGUUCAACUUUUGCACGAGUAUGUACGGAAUGCACCAUACUGUACCAUACUUGUAAAGAAAGACGUUGUUCCUUUAGGAUAUAUAUGACAACCUUCCACUAUACUGUACCAUACUUGUAAAGAAAGACAUGUUGUUCCUUUAGGAUAUAUAUGACAACCUUCCACUAUUCUGUACCAUACUUGUAAAGACCUGUUUUUUUUUAUGAUAUAUAUGAGAGUUUGUA